UUCAAGAGGAGGGAGCCUCAAUCUCACCACUAGGGAGUAAUGUCAACGUAAGAAGAAGAGAAUGAAGAGUGGGAGAACUUACUAUGUACAGUCAUCUUUCCUGCACACUGUAUAUACAUGAAACAUCAGUUAAAAUGGCUGCAUAAUUUUCUACCAUAAGGAUACAUGAUAUCUCCCGGGGCCAAUUCAGCACCUCUACCUGGCCAUCCUAACAAGGUGAUUUGUGAAAGGGUGAGACUUCAGAGCCUGUUCCCUCUCCUCCCAAGUGAUCAGAAUACUACCGUUCAAGAGGAUGCCCACUUCAAAGCUUUCUUCCAGAGUGAAGAUAGUCCGAGUCCCAAGAGACAGCGCCUCUCUCAUUCAGUCUUUGAUUAUACAUCAGCAUCACCAGCUCCCUCACCACCAAUGCGACCAUGGGAGAUGACAUCAAAUAGGCAGCCCCCUUCGGUUCGAUCAAACCAACAUCACUUCUCAGGGGAACGAUGCAACACACCUGCACGCAACAGAAGAAGUCCUCCUGUCAGGCGCCAGAGAGGAAGAAGGGAUCGUCUGUCUCGACAUAAUUCCAUUAGUCAAGAUGAAAACUAUCACCAUCUCCCUUAUGCACAGCAGCAAGCAAUAGAGGAACCUCGAGCCUUCCACCCUCCGAAUGUGUCUCCCCGUCUGUUACACCCUGCUGCUCAUCCACCCCAGCAAAAUGCAGUAAUGGUUGACAUACAUGAUCAGCUCCAUCAGGGCACUGUUCCUGUGUCUUACACAGUAACAACAGUGGCACCACAUGGGAUUCCACUCUGCACAGGCCAGCAUAUCCCUGCUUGCAGUACCCAGCAGGUCCCAGGAUGCUCUGUGGUUUUCAGCGGACAGCACCUCCCUGUCUGUAGUGUGCCUCCUCCAAUGCUUCAAGCAUGUUCAGUUCAGCACUUACCAGUACCAUAUGCUGCAUUCCCUCCCCUUAUUUCUAGUGACCCAUUUCUUUUACAUCCUCCUCACCUUUCUCCCCAUCAUCCGCCUCAUUUGCCGCCGCCGGGCCAGUUUGUCCCUUUCCAAACACAGCAAUCACGAUCGCCUCUGCAAAGGAUAGAAAAUGAAGUGGAACUCUUAGGAGAACAUCUUCCAGUAGGAGGUUUUACUUACCCUCCAUCGGCCCAUCCUCCAACAUUACCUCCAUCAGCUCCCUUGCAGUUCCUAACCCAUGAUCCUUUACAUCAGGAGGUGUCCUUUGGAGUACCUUAUCCUCCAUUUAUGCCUCGGAGGCUCACAGGACGUAGUAGAUAUCGAUCCCAGCAGCCAAUACCACCUCCCCCGUAUCAUCCCAGCUUACUACCAUACGUGUUAUCAAUGCUUCCAGUGCCACCUGCAGUGGGCCCAACUUUCAGCUUUGAGUUGGAUGUGGAAGAUGGAGAAGUAGAAAAUUAUGAGGCCCUCUUAAACCUGGCAGAGCGACUGGGAGAGGCUAAGCCUCGAGGACUGACUAAAGCAGAUAUCGAACAGCUUCCUUCUUAUCGGUUCAAUCCUAAUAACCACCAGUCAGAACAGACUUUGUGUGUGGUAUGCAUGUGUGAUUUUGAGUCAAGGCAGCUACUUAGAGUUUUACCCUGUAACCACGAGUUCCAUGCCAAGUGUGUCGACAAAUGGCUUAAGGCAAACCGUACUUGCCCAAUUUGCCGAGCUGAUGCUUCCGAAGUGCAUCGGGAUUCAGAAUGAUCAACCGAAGAGCACAAGUUUAGUUUGGGUGUUCCUCAUCACAUGUAUAUACGGACUAUCCAUUGAACUUAAUCUGUGUGGCUUCCAGCCCUCCCUUUACCAAAAGGGUCAAUGGACCUUUCUUUGCACUGUGUGACUUAAUCAACUAUAAAAGCUUACAAUUAGUCUUCACAA